AUGGCCGACAACGCAGAAGCGGGCAGCGAUGCCCAGCUCACUUUCAAGGUCAAGACCUCGUCCGACAGCACUCACGUCAUCACAAUGGCCGAGAGCGCCUCUGUUCUCGACCUCAAGACGAAGCUCGCUGGCGCCGAUUUUGAGAACAUCCCCGUCGAACGCCAACGGCUCAUCUACUCUGGCCGUGUCAUGAAGAACGACGAUUCACUUGCCACAUACAAGAUCAAGACCAACAACAUCAUCCACAUGGUCAAGAGCGCCGCCAGCAACCCCUCCCAGCCUGCCUCGUCGGCUAGUGUUCCCACGCCCCAGGCCCUGCCCACAAACAUGGCCUCCGGAACAGCCAACAACCCUCUUGCUGGCCUGACCGGAGCCCGAUACGCCGGCCACCAGGUGAACCUUCCUGGCAUGGACAUGUUUGGUCCCGACGGCGGCAUGGGUCCUCCCAUGGACGAAGAACGUAUGGCACGCAUGAUGUCUGACCCCAAUGUCCAGCAGACCAUGAACGAAGCUCUCAACAACCCCGACUUUGUCAACAUGCUCAUCGACUCGAACCCCAUGCUUCGCAACAUGCCCAAUGCCCGCGAGCUCAUCACUUCGCCAUUCAUGAGACAGAUGAUGAGCAACCCUUCCAUGCUCAGCAACGCUAUGCGCAUGCAGCGUGGCAUGCGCGGAGCCGACUCUGCCUUUCCUGCCCCCGGCGCAACCGACACCACACCUCAAAACCCAGCCGAUGGCAGCACCAACGGCACCCAGGACCAGGGAGCAGCGCAGCAAAACCCCUUUAUGAACCCUCUCAUGAACCCAUUUGGUGCUGGUGGCGCCGCCGGCCCCAGUUUUGCUGAUAUGAUGCAAAGCAUGAAUGCCGUCGGCCUAGGAACCGGUGCCGGCGAUGGUGCCAGUCCCGGCAAUGCCGCGCAGACCGGGGGCCCAGGCGAAGCUGGAACAACGGAGCAGCUCCAGCAAAUGUCACAGAUCAUGCGCUCCAUGACUGGCGGUGAUGCUGGAGCACCAGCUGCGCCCUCCGACAAUCGUCCUCCCGAGGAGCGCUACGAAGAGCAGCUCCGACAGCUCAACGACAUGGGCUUCUUUGAUUUUGAUCGCAACGUGGCUGCGCUACGAAGGAGUGGAGGAAGCGUGCAGGGAGCUAUAGAGUACCUGCUUUCUGGCUGA